AUGCCUCACUUUGAUCAGACACCCCAUGGAUGGAAUCCACCGGUGAAGAUUACUCUUCCCACUGCUUAUGAGCAAUACAAGGCGCGCAAUCGAACCGUCGAGGAUCCAUUCGCUGCGUGUGCCAGGAAUGACAUUCCUCCUCCGGGUGUCUCCCCCUAUGAUGACAACGGCACCCAGCAGUCCUAUGCUUCGGCCCAUCCAUCCCUCUCCAAAUGGAGCACGGGACGCAAUCUUACCCCUUCCAAGCAUCUCAAGCUUGACCGCGAUGAAGGACGGUCGGACUGGGAGACUAUUGUCGGUGACGACGAAGGCGACAGUCGCUUGACCUGCCCACCGGCACCUCAGGUGACACUGAAGAGUUUGGGCAUCAUACCCAACAACUCAGAAAGCAUUCUUGCCGACCAGAAUGGCGACGGCAUCAAUGAGCACAACGAUGGAACUGGAGAUGAUGCCCAUGAUCUCAAACGCAAAGGCGAGGAAGCAGCACCGUUCGCGCGGCCUGGAACCCCUUUUGACGCAUUCGGCUUCUCCAAGAGCCCCGAGGGGCUCGAACCACGCUCUCUUGCCAUGGAGGCGAGCUACACCCCAUCGCCUGCCUACUGCGGACAUACUGGCUUCGUCAGGCAGCCUGUCCAUGGAGGCCUCGGCGGAGGUCUUUCUCGCCCCAAGGCUUCCAAGGCCUCAAGCGACGAGAGCACCGAUCUCUUCAAGUAUGAUGGAGAAGCUUAUUCCACCUUUCUACACCGCUCAACUACGCGGGAAAUUGCAAAGGGCCGUCCCGCAGCCUCUUACGAAGGUGACCGCCUCAUCGUGAAAAAGACUCGAGGGGAAGAAGAAGACAACACGCACAAGAACAAGAGUGCCUUCUACAAUCCCACCGCCGUUCGGGGCCUAAAAACUCUUUACGAGCCAACCCCCGAGCAGAGCCCAGAGCCUGCCGUUGAGGAGGAGGAAGAAGAAGAGUGCUGGCCACGAGUCGGUGGCAAUGACGCUGCAGCAGAAGCUGAUUGGCAGACUGUCACUACCGGACCUGUCUGCAAGGGUCUCAACACAUCGGAGCUCAACUUGAUCAAGGAUACCGGCAGCAGCCUGGCCGACGUCUCCGACAUUGUAGAGGAAGAGCUCACUCCAGUUGAAUACCGCAGAGCCGCCGGCGCAAUCUCUCACCAGCGAAACCAGUCUAUCCACCGUCCCAAGGGCUUCUACGCGGAGGGCUUUGCACAGCCCAUUACUCGCAUGAACAACAACAAUCAUGCUUCCACCGUCGACCAUCGUCCCCAGAAUGCCUUUGGCGAGACUGCUCGGGCCGCCGUCCCACGAGUGGUGAAUCCCUUCCAGACUCCCCCCAGCUGGAAGAGUACCGGCAGAGUUGUCGAGCUGGACGACAGCCCUGAGCAAUGCACGUGCAAGGGCAAGGGCAAGGCGGUAGAUGUGAAUGUCGAUAUCAAGACACGAGCAGAUGCUCCCCCCCUGACACGGACUGAGUCCACCGAGACCGUUUGGCCCCAGGUCCCUCGUCGUGACGAGACUGUCAACGACUUUGACCAGGCUUUCUGCGAAACUCGCGUUGGCGAUACGACUCUACCGAGCGAUGAUUCUGCAAACGUCUUCUCCCGUCUGCCCUUCAGCUUGAUCGAUCUCAAAGAAGCUGCAAAGACACAUGGCUCUCAGCGGUACCGCAGCACGGACGAAGCCAAUACUUUCGCUCAGAGAGCGAGACUUGGACCUCUCUGGUCUGGCAGCCCUACCGAAGCUGGCCCAUCCUCUGGUGCCUAUCGCUUUGGUGGUUCUGAUAAUCCUCCUCUGGAGCGCCCCUCUACCGCAGUGUUUCGUGAUCAGAUCACUCGUGGACGUCCCACUCAUCAGUUUGACAGCAUCGAGGACAGCACGCCGAGCCCGUCGUCGGCUAUUCUGGGAUCCCUGAGAUCCAAGGUGAACCUGGGCUCCGCCAAGAAGAAGGAAAAGCCUGCCUGCAGCCUUGACCCUUUCAAAGCCGCAGCGGCCUUGGGAGCCAAAUGUCUCCGAAUCAAGGCUCCUGCCAAAAAGAAGGACCAAUGGCCUACCGCGAGGAACCAGACCGGAGGCGUUCUCACUCCCUCUGAGGCUGAGUUGAUCGAAUCCGCCCGAGGAGAGAUCAUGGACCGUCGCCGAUGCCCUGAGAAAUUGGAAAAGAAGCGCACACUAGUCUUCAUUCUCAUCAUGGCGUCUUCCAUCGUCUUCCCAUUCAUUGGCUUCAUUGCACUGAUUCACAAAUUCGACUCGACGGUUGCCUGGUUCACCUAUGGAGAGAUCAAAGAUUUCACCAAGGAACAGCGCGGCAUGCUCCUCCAGCAACUCCUCGUCGAGCUCUUCGUUUACUCGAUUGUCAUAAUCUUUGUGGCCCUCCACACCUCGCACCGCAUCUAA